AUGAACUUAAGCCUCUAUCAACAAAUCCACAGCAAACCGCAACUGAAGCAAACUAAAGUUGUUGCUAAAAAAAUUGUCGAAAAUUGGGACAAAGCUUCAAUUCCCACUGUACUUCAGUGUACUAUUAUUAAACGUAUAACAAGCUAUCGUCUUAAAAUAAGGAAUUUAUUAAAACCCUAUAAACAACGAAAUAAAGUCAUAAGCUAUCAAAAGCAGUUACAGGAUUUCAGAAUAAAAUCCAAAGUUUUAUUUGAUGUGGCUGCCUGUAAAUGUUCAGACUUCAAAACAUGUGUCUGUGAUAAAGUAUUCAAAGUGCCACAAGCGGAACGUAGUUUUAUAUUAGAUCAAAGGACCGUAAGAAAAAUGUUGAUUAGUUCACUGGAUGUAAAAACAACUAAAAUAAACCAGAAGCGAGUUGAAAGAAACAAAUUAUUGAACACAAGAAGCGAAUUAGAUGAGAAUGAGAAAUCUGGGUUACAAGUGAAAGAAGAUACACAGAGAGUGGAAAGAUCCCAACAAGAAUCCAGUACUUCUCAACAAGUUUCUACCGUACCUCAAGGAUGUUUACAAAUUCAACGUAAUUCAUUACAAAUACCCGUGCUUGCGAGAACACUUGAUCGUUAUGGUAUUUCUGAUCGAGCUAGUGCUGCAGUAGCUUCAGUCGUUCUACAAGGAUAUUGGUAUUAUUAA